CUGCUGGGUGCUGCUUUGGAGUCACAAAUGCUGAACCAGGAUCAGCCUCUAAUCUCACCUCAGAUUAGCUGCAGAGUCCGGCGGUACUCGCAGAACACACGCCAUUUACACGCCACACGCAACAUGUCGCUCAGCGGGGCUGCAGCCGGCGGCCCCCCCUGGAGGAACCACAGCUUCAUCCUGGGAGGGGGGCGAGAUCCCCCCCUGACCGACCAGGGGGAGACCAUCAUAGGAGUCUACCUACUGCUGCUGGGAUGGAUGUCCUGGUUCGGGAACAGCAUCGUCCUCUUCGUCCUCUACAGGCAGAGAGCCUCACUGCUGCCCACCGACUACCUGACCUUUAACCUCGCCGUCUCAGACGCCAGCAUCUCCGUGUUUGGAUACUCCAGAGGAAUCAUCGAGAUCUUCAACGUCUUCCAGGACAGCGGCUACCUCAUCUCCUCCAUCUGGACCUGCCAGGUGGACGGGUUCUUCACGCUGGUGUUCGGUCUGAGCAGCAUCUACACGCUGACCGUGAUCAGCAUCACACGCUACAUCAAAGGAUGCCACCCAAGCCGAGCGCAUUACAUCACCAGGACCAGUGUGUUCGUGUGUCUGUUGCUCAUCUGGAUCGCAGCUGGAUUCUGGUCCGGAGCGCCGCUGCUCGGCUGGGGCAGCUACACAGAUCGUGGCUACGGGACCUGUGAGAUUGACUGGGCCAAGGCAAGCUACUCGAGCGUCUACAAGUCCUACAUCGUCUCCAUCUUUGUGUGCUGCUUCUUCAUCCCCGUGCUUGUCAUGCUGUUCUGCUACGUGUCCAUCAUCAACACGGUGAAGCGAGGCAACGCGCUGUCGGCCGAGGGAGACCUGACCGACCGCCAGCGGAAGAUCGAGAGAGACGUGACCGUCGUUUCCAUAGUGAUCUGCACGGCCUUCAUCCUGGCCUGGUCGCCGUACGCCGUGGUGUCCAUGUGGUCCGCCUGGGGUUUCCACGUGCCCAACCUCACCAGCAUCUUCACUCGCCUCUUUGCCAAAUCUGCCAGUUUCUACAACCCGCUCAUCUACUUUGGUCUCAGCUCCAAAUUCCGCAAAGACGUGGCGGUCCUGCUGCCGUGCACGCGUGACGCCAAAGACACCGUCAAACUGAAGCGUUUCAAACCCAAGGUUGACGGUCGCCUUGCCACAGGAGGCGGAGCCAGAUUCAAAGUUCAUCUGAGCCGGCCUGAAAAGAAGUACUCGUUAGUGAACCAUCCCCACGAGGCCCUGACCCCGGACUCGGGGGCAGUGAGUCCACCAUCCACGCCGCCACCCGUCAACAAGGAGGUGUUCUACAUCGACAUGCCUCACCCCUCUGAGACCAGUUCUGGCUUUGAAUGCGAGAGACUCUGAUGGACGACUGAAAUGGUCAAUCGAUCCUCGUUAAGUCUGGUCUAUAGAGACUCCGCCCCAUCGAGUGCUCACACCGUUCUAUUUGGUGAGCGAGGAGUGGAGGUUAGCGGUAGACACCUGUGUGUGACCACGAGGAGAGGAAGAGCCCAUAAAACCCUGAUGAUGUUUUAUAUAAAGUCUCAGUUUUGAUAACCACUCAGUGUGAAUUUGAUUGAGUCACAUGUUUCAAUAAAGUUUUUUUAGGAGCAAACAAAUGUGUCGUUUU